AUGGGGAUUCCGUUUGAGUCUGGCGCGAUUUCAGCAAGGAAAAGGGUUUUUGAAGAUGGCUUCGCGAUUCCGGCGACGUCGAAAGCACAAAGGUUUACUAGGGAAUUAAAACCCACGACAAUCACGGUGUUUUAUGUGGGCUUCUUGGAAAUGUUAAAGAUUUGGCAAAUGAGAUUUAAAGGAAAAAGUGUCUCUUGGAUGCGUGUGGAGGACGGGACUUGGAUAAAACCGGUAGCAGGGCUAGAGUUGAGCUACUUGCACUUGUAUGUAACAAUGGCACAUAAUAGCCAGUGGAGGUUGUACCAAGUGGAUGGAAGAUGUACGUACGAACUCGCACUUCAUAAACUUGACAUUCCAAUUUGCAUAAGAAUAGCAUGUGAUAACUACUGCGUGUCUCACUCCAAAGCUAUUUAUCCUAGCUUAUAUGUUGACUUACUUGUUUAG